CGGCCGAGGCUGGCGGCUGCCGGCGACGGUGACGACGGUGGGCAAGAUCCGGAAGGGGGGACUGGGGGUAAUCACGUCGCUCGAGUUCCGCUCCGGCAAGUCGGAUGGCAAACACAAGCCGCGCAAGCACGGAAAUUUGGUCCCCAUAGAAGAGGGCGAUCUCGACACCGAGGACGCAGCUCGCGUCGCCUGGUACCGCGAGUUCACUCGCCGCUUCGUCGGCCCCGACGGUCGCCGGGAACAGGUCUACACCGCCGUCCCCGUCCGAGGCUUUCCCUCCAACCAGGUCUUGCUUGCCUUGCGCCCGCGUUCCCAGUGGUGGGCCAAAAGCGUCAGGCCUUUUUACGCCAACCGCUCAUGCGUGCCCAAGCGCAAGUCUACGCCAAGCAGCAAUGCCGCAGCAUCUUCCUCGACGGCGCCUGCCCUGUUGGACCACCCAGUGCCUAACAUGUUGGACUACCCAGGGCUUAACAUGCUGAACUACCCGGGGCCUAGCAUGCUGGGCUACCCAGAGCCCAGCAUGUUGGACUACCCAGGGCCUAACAUGUUGGACUACCCAGGGCCUAACAUGUUGGACUACCCAGGGCCUAACAUGCUCGACUACUCAGGACCUAAUAUGUUGAACUACACAGGGCCUAGCGUGCUAGACUACCCAGAGCCCAACAUGUUGGACUACCCGGGGCCUAGCAUGCUGGACUACCCAGGGCCUAGC